GGUAAAGAACAAUAAAGGCGAGCUUGAAGGUCUCUUUCUCGAAAAUCCCCCUCAAAAAUUUCAAUCCUUUUGGUCCUAAAUCGCAUGAAUUUUCUUGAACUUUAGAUAUUGAGAUUUUGGCUGUGAGAUAGAUCAAUUGACUGCACAAUGGUGGGCAAUGAAGUGGUGAUAACAUACAAGCGCAAGCGUUUCUCCUCUCAGUCAGAUCUCAUCCAUGGGGCCAAAGUGUUGAAGUCAUUUACUAGGUCUCCUACCAGGGUGUCUUCAAGAAGAUCAUGUCCAAAAGGAGGGUUUGAAACCUGCAACGAGAAGCUUAAAAAAGAUUCUUCGCAGCGAUGCUUUAAAUGCGGCAAUUUCGAUUCUGAUGAAAACCUGCUGCACUGUGGAUGUUGCUCUGAAACGCAUCAUUUUCAUUGCAUGGACACCCUUCAGGAGUCUGUUCCUCAGAGAAAAUGGCAAUGCCCAACUUGUCACAGAAGAAAUGAUUCCAAAGAGUCUCAGCACUGUGAUGUAGAUUCCAGAGGAGGAAUAAAAAGUAAAGGAAUCGAGAAAUCUGAGAUGGUGCCUGUAGAACUUCAUUCACAAAAACUGUUGUUAAGCACCAAAGUUUCUGAGGUCCUCCCUAGGAAAACAAGCUCUUCUGCUGAUGAUUCUUCUCUUAAGGAAGAAACAGAUUCUAUUCAAUUGGAUUGUAUAGAUGAAAACAGUCCAAUAUCUCCAUCACUGAAUCAGAGUGAUAUAAAAUCAAAUCCUAUAAUUUUGAAUUCCUCUAGCAAAGUAAAAUAUAGUUCUGGAUCCUCUGAGGCUUCUACUACGAAACUAAAUUCAGAUAAAACUAAUGAAUGCCCAAAGGAAAAAUGCAAGGCUCCUUUGAUUACAUUUAGCAGAAGAGUGAAAAGGAAGCGGGAAGGAACUGAGAAAUAUGCUGAAGGAAAACCAAAGUCAGAGGAGGAACAGUGUUCACCCGCCAGGAGAGGUAAACUCAUUGAAGGUUCAACCCUAAUUUCCAGUUCCAAGGAGCAGUCACCUAGUGCAGCUGUUUUACUAGAACAAGCCGAGGUGGCAAACGUUGCUAAUGGUGCUGGGUUCAAAUCCGGGGCUGAUGGAGAUUUUGGAGAAAUUAAGAUUGCUGGUGACAGGCCUGAGGAACUUCCAUCUCAUAGUUUACAGGACGCAAGUAUUACAAGUCAGAAUCCAGUGCCUCCAGGACCAGCAACAGACAUUUGCUACUCUGAAGGUCAAUCAAACAAAUCCAUGGUAGCAGCUGAAACAGUUCUCAUAAAAAAUUCCAUCUCAAUUCAGGACACCAAAAUUGGUAGUCCUGUCAGAGAGAAAUCCCCAAAUGACCAUCCUUGUAAACAGCCAUCUUCUGUUGAAUUACCUGCAGCUACUUGUGUGAGCAAUGCAGAAUCAAGUAAACCUUUGUUUAAUGUUGCGGUAGAGAAUCUUCUGGAGUCUCUAAGUUCAUCUACUUCAAGUUUUCCCAUAGCACCACUGGAUGAGGAAACUGAUGGAAGGGUAAAGGAACUUGAAUGGUUGGAAGACCUUAAUAGAGUAUUGCAGGACAAACAAAAGAACAGAGGAACAAGCUCAUUUAUGGAGCAUGGCAUUGACUGCGAGCUGGCAUCUCAAUCAAGGGUUUUCAGUGCAGCCCCAGUGAAAUCAGCUGUACAGGGUACAUGUAAUCAGGGUGCAUUUCCUGAGUACAUGAAUCAGAUAACCCCAGAGCUGGAGAAAUCAUUUCUGACAAAGUUAAGAGACCCAAGCUGUGAAAACCAACACCAUGAAGAAAGUUCAAGCAGAUCUUGCCAUCUUACUAACUUUCUUGGCCCUUCGCUGCCUCUGAAUCAUCGAGGAAAUGUUGUUAAUGACCAUCUUCAUGUACCCAGCAGGCAUUUUCCAUGUCAUGCAUCCAAUGAAAAUUCAGUUUUCCUAAGGGAAAAGCAGAUGCUUGAAGAUGGUUUGAGUGGCACAAAGAUGUUGAGAGAAAGGCAAUUUUCUGCUAUGGACAUGAUUAGGAGGUAUUCAAGUGAGUGGUCAGAAGAAGAGCUAGAUUUCCUCUGGAUUGGAGUCAGAAGAUAUGGGGUAAAUAAUUGGUAUGCUAUGUUAAGGGACCCGAAACUGCAAUUUUCAGAAUUAAGGGUUGCAGAAGACUUGGCGUUUCAGUGGGAUAUUGAGCAAAGAAAGCUUUUGCAUGGAAGUCCACCGCAGCCAUUGGGAUUCCCUAGAGCAGAUCGAUAUGGUGGCAGAGGGUGGCUUCAUGGUUCAGAAUUUCCGAUGCUUGCCAACGAGACUAAGCUCUCUCUUGGAGAUGUAUAUCACCAGAAAAGAAACUUGUUUCAUUCUUCAGGUGUGGGCAUAGCCAAUCAACUGCCUAAGUCUUUUCUUAAUAACUUACCAGUGGGUUCUGUGUUUGCCAGAGCUGCUAUCAGGCACCAGAUGCCUAUGAGAACCCAAAAUAAAAUGCAUGAUUGGGGAUCAUCUAUGCCUCAACCAGGUGAAACAUUAAUACAUGAAUCAUCAACGAACAAUACUCUCCCACAUUGGUUGAAAGAAGUUAUUAAUGAUAGUGGUCUCAAGCCAAGGGGAUCGUCACUGCCUCCAGUUUUUCCAAGCACUGCAAAUUAUAUAGGCCUGCUCAAUGAUGACUCACAAGAGCCAUCUGCUCGAGCUAAAGAUCAUCGGAGGCGAGGAAUUUUAAAAAGGAAGAGUGUUAAGAACGUUGGCUUGAGAAUUGAUCCAGAAAAGAAUCUUGAGCAAGCUGCAUCGGAUAUAAUAAUUAGUCCAGAAAAGAACAGUGUACCUAAUUUUAACAUAAAUAUUACAGGUCCUUCAGGACCAAGUGAUUUGGUGAUCAUUGAUAGCGAUGCAUCGUCGGAGGAAACAAUAUCAGAUGAUGAAGGCAGGAGAAAUAGCUAAUUCGGUAAGAAAUAAUGAAAACUGCAAUGUAUUGAAGUUUGUACAGGAUUUUUGUAUGGGCCUGUGCAGUUUUGUUGUAUAUUGAUGAACUCGUGAUGGUGUAACCCUCAAUGUACUCAUCCUUGACCGAUAUCCCCUCUCUGUCGAGUAGUUUAUGAUAAUACCAAAAUGGAGCAGCUUUAUGCUCUUGAUAAUCUUU